AUGGCAAAAAUUAUUAUUAUCAUUUAUGCUACAUACACUCACGUAUAUCAAUUGGCCUUAGAAAUAAAAAAGGGUGUAGAAAGUGCCGGAUACGGAUCGGAAGUUGAAAUUUAUCAAGUUCCUGAAACUUCACAGGAACAAGUCCCAAAUCAAGUGCAUGAACACCAAAGGCCGGAUAUUCCAUUUAUUAUUGCCGAAAAAUUAGCGGAAGCUGAUGGAUUUCUUUUUGGAAUUCCCGCUAGAUUUGGAAAAUUCCCAGCUCAAUUUAAAGAGUUUCUAGAUUCAUCAAGUCAAAUUUUAGGUAAAGAGUCAUUAAACAAUAAAUUUGGAGGAAUUUUUUUUUCAAUGGAUGCCCAACAGAAUGGUCAAGAAAUGAUAGCUUUCACAGCAAUAAACUGGUUAUCGUCUCAUGGUAUUAACUUUGUUCCACUCAGUAAUGGAUCAUAUGAAGGAUUGAUCGGAGGAUCUUGGGGAGCUAGCACUGUUACGGAUAAUGAAGGUUUAUCCGAGAAAGAGAAAGAAACAGCACAAUUUCAAGGAAAGAAAUUUGCAGAAAUUGUUACAGCUUAUGUUAAAGGAAGGCAAGAAUAA